AUGGCGACGUACCAUUUGAGUGUCAUCACAAUAGCUUUACUUCAUUUCAUCAAACUUUUUUACGGUUUUGAUGUACCUUGCACACAGAAACUAAUUGGUAGUAAAUGUUUAUUUGAUGAAGAUUGUUAUGGCAUGAAUAGUGUUUGUCGAGAGCAGCGAUGUACAUGCCCUACAAAUUUCGAAGAAUUUGAUAUUGAUGGACAGACAACUAUAUGCAGAUUAGCUCCGAAUAAAAUUGGUGAUAGCUGUCAAAGAGAUUGCAAACCACCGCUUCUUUGUCGAGAUGGGAAAUGUGAGUGUUGGGGUGGUAGCAUUAUCAACGGAGAAUGUGUCGUGUCUUGCCCAUCGGGACAACAAUUAUACGGUGUGGAAUGUCAAAGAGUAGCACAUUGGGGACAGAAUUGCGAGAAAGACAACCAAUGUGUUGAUGUUUUCAAUGCUUGUAUUGCUGGAGUAUGUCAAUGUGCGCCCGGUACCACACGUGAUGUGAUCAAACAGCAAUGUUUUGCGUUAUGUCCGGAUGGAACACAACCUCAACAAGCUUGUCGACGACUUUUUAUUAAUGAUGUUGAUAUGCUUGAAAAUGCUGCAUCAACUGAUAGCUGUCCUUUGGGUUAUCGAUGCGUAGCGUACGGUAGUCCGUACGUGGGACAUUGCUGCAAAUUGAAGUGUCCUUAUGGAGAACCUGAUUUAACGCAAUCGUGUGAUAUGGGCGUCUCCGAGAAAGAUCGAUGUCGACCACUUACCCAUCACUGUUACACAAUCUCGGAGCCUGGUUGGAAAACGAGUUUAUGUUGUCCAAAGCCAUGUCGCGAUCCAACACCGCUUUAUAUUAAUAAUCAAUGUUUAAGUAUAGCACAUAGGGAGGAUCCCUGUCAGCUUCAUCAACAGUGCGAAGGUGGUGUAACGAUGCAUUGCGUUUUGGGACUAUGUCAAUGCAAAGAUGGUUUUCAUCCUAGUAAUGAUGGUCGGUUUGCAACAUGUAAGAAAAGUUGUGGAAUUGAUGAAGUUUCUGUUAUGGAUAAAUGUGUACGACGAGUAUAUCUAUCUGAGAGAUGUGUGACCAAUAAACAAUGUCCAAAUUUCUCAGAAUGUCGCUUUGGUACUUGUCAAUGUUUGUGCGGCUAUAAACAAGAUUCCUUGAUCGGAUCACGUUGCACUAAUCCGGAUGAUCCAUUCAGUUUAAAUGCAAUUUUAACGGGUGUUGAACAAGUAUUCGGUGGAAAAGCACGAAAUCCAUAA